GGAAAACGUGAACGUCAUCGUGCCUGCGUCCUUAUAUACGUAACAUCCCCGGAUGUCGGCCUUUUUUCAUAGUUAAGAUGGCAGAAAGAGAUAAACUGCCAAGAAAAAGCACGGGAGCCGAAACCCGGUUUUGGCCCGUGGCAUUGGCCGCUAUUCCCGUUCUGCCAUGUAUGGCCGCAGGGCCAUGUACAAGAGGAAGACCAAGACCACUAAGACGAAGGUGGAGAAGAAGAUUAAGAAGAGGCCUCAAGCUACCGUUAUAAAGACUGUUGGAGGAGACAAGAAUGGAGGCACCCGAGUUGUCAAACUACGCAAGAUGCCCCGCUAUUACCCUACCGAGGAUGUCCCCCGUAAACUGAGAAGCCAUGGGAAGAAGCCCUUCUGCCAACACAAGAGGAAGCUGCGUGCCUCUAUCACCCCAGGAACUGUCCUCAUUCUGCUCACUGGUCGUCACCGUGGAAAGCGUGUGGUGUUCCUGAAGCAACUCUCAAGUGGUCUCCUGCUUGUGACUGGCCCUCUUGUCCUGAGCAGAGUUCCACUGCGUCGGGCACAUCAGAAGUUUGUUAUUGCCACCAAAACAAAAGUUGACAUCUCUGGCAUGAAAAUCCCCAAAAAUUUGAAUGAUGCCUACUUCAAGAAGAAGAGGCUGAGGAGGCCACGUCACCAGGAGGGGGAGAUCUUUGAUACAGAGAAAGAGAAGUACCAGUUGACAGAGCAGAGGAAGGAGGACCAAAAGGCUGUUGACUCACAGCUCAUGCCCCUCGUCAAGAAGGUACCUCAGCUGAAAGGGUACCUGCGCUCUACUUUCUGCCUGUCAAAUGGUGUCUACCCACACAAGCUGGUUUUCUAAAUGUUGCAAUAAACAGUCUAACGUAUCUU